UCCCCUUCCCCUUUUCCAUCUCCUUUCUUCAUCCUCUCUUUUCUCUUAUCUCAAAAACUUUUCUCAUACAUGGACAGGGAAAAGUUUCUGUAUUUCUCUUUUCUUCUUCUUCUUCUCUUUUCCGUCACGGCUCGCUCGAGCUCGCUCGAUGGCGCCAUCAAUGGAGGAUUUGAGAAGGGUGUUCUUGACCUCCAGAAGCUUCCAUGGAAGAGGGAGCAGAAAGUUAAUUGCAUUUUUCAGAAGCCAAGGGUGGAGAAAGGGGCAACGAGUUUGCAAAUGCAUCAAAGGGACUACUGCUCAAACAAAGUAACGGACUGGGACAAGACUCUCCACACGCGCCUAACCCUAGACGUCAUUCGCGUCAAAUCCCUCCAAUCCCGAUUCAAAUCCUCCAUUCUUUCCGGCGAAACCCAAACCCUAAACCCACUCUCCUCCGAUUCCCAAAUCCCCUUAACCUCCGGCGCCCGCCUCCAAACCCUCAACUACAUCGUCACCGUCGCCAUUGGCGGCCGGAAUCUCACCCUCGUCGUCGACACCGGCAGCGACCUCACCUGGGUCCAGUGCCGCCCCUGCCGCCUCUGCUACGCCCAACAGGAUCCCCUCUUCGAUCCCUCCUCUUCCCCUUCUUAUCGCCCUCUCCCCUGCAAUUCCACCGCCUGCUCCGCCCUUCAAUUCGACACCGGAAACACCGCCGCCUGCCGGAAUCGGAAUUCCAGUUCCUGCACCUACGCCGCCUCCUACGGCGAUGGAUCUUAUUCCCGUGGGGAGCUCGGAUUCGAGACGCUGAAUCUGGGGAACAACGUGAUCGACGAUUUCAUUUUCGGGUGCGGCCGGGAUAACAAGGGCUUGUUCGGCGGAACCUCGGGGCUUAUGGGUUUGUCCAGAAGUGAAUUAUCCAUCGUUUAUCAAACUUCCUCUGUUUUUGGGCAGGUUUUUUCUUACUGUUUGCCUUCUAUUGACGCCGGAGGUACGGGUUCUUUAACAAUGGGGACUGGAGAUUUCUCGAGUUUUAGAAACGUUUCUCCGAUUUCUUACACCAGGAUGAUCCACCUCCCGGAGAUUUCGGGGUUUUAUUUCUUGAAUGUGACUGGAAUUAGCGUUGGUGGGGUGAAAUUGGAUGUGCCGCGAUUCGGUUCUAAACGGGAUAUGUGUAUAAUCGAUUCCGGGACUGUGAUUUCCAGGUUGUCUCCAAUGAUUUACAGAGCUUUGAAAACGGAGUUCGAGAAGCAAUUUUCCGGGUUCCCAACGGCGCCGGGAUAUUCGAUCUUGAACACCUGCUUCAAUCUCAGCGGGUUCCAAGAUGUGAAGGUUCCGACCAUCAGAUUUCAUUUCGAGGGAGAUGCAGAACUGACGGUGGAUGCGGAAGGCAGUUUCUACUUUGCGAAAUCCGACGGUUCUCAGAUCUGUUUGGCGUUUGCGAGUCUGGCGGAUGAAGAUGAGAUUGGGAUAAUUGGGAAUUAUCAGCAGAAGAAUCGGAGGGUUGUUUAUGAUUUGAAGGAAUCGAGGCUGGGUUUUGCGGAAGAGCCUUGCAGUUUCUAGCCGAGAAAGUGAGGGAAAUUUUGGGAGGGAUUUUCCGGGAAAAUUUGGACAGGAGUUUGGAGUUUCAGAAACCGGCCUUGAUUGUUAUUCUAAUGGGUGGGUUGGAGUUGGGCUUGUAGGAAGGGAAAUUGGGAGUGGAAUCUUGAGUCGAAUUAUCUCAUUUCUUCUCAAGAGAGGGAAAAAAAAGGGAAAAUGAAUGGAGGGGGAAAGGAUUUUGAUUGUAUAUUUCAUUUUUAUUUGGCUUGUAAGUUGUAAAUUGGAAUUCAAUUAUUAUAUUUCAUUUUUAUU